AUGCUUCUUCAAUCACUUCGGUAUUGCUCCAGACCUGUGCGUUGUCUUUCUCUUCUUCAAAAAGGAACUAGAACUAGUGUUAGUCAAAAAUGGACUCAGCAGAAUCUCGUUUCAGUGAGAUUUCGCCGAGGUACGCAAAGAAAUAAUAACCAAAACGCAGCUUUUCCUGUUGGUCAUUAUCUUCUCCAUGGUUUUGCUCCGUUCAUUCUCGCAACUAUCGGUCUUACAGAAGGAUUUAAAUGGCUAAGGGAGAACAAGAUCUCCCUGGGAGACGCUAGAAUCGCCUGGUACGCCCUCGCCGGCUCGUGUUUAGGAGUCUAUCUUGGCUGGCAUUACGGGGCUUCCGCACUUAUGUCUAGGUGGUUUCAAGUGUAUGCCACAAGAGGAGCAUUUACUGGCUGGCCAACUUGGAUUCUAUCCGGUUUCAGUCAUAUAAGUUUACUUCAUAUGGCGGUAAAUUUGUUUGUUGGACAUUCAUUUAUUCAAGGAUUUAACAAGGCUAAUAAUUGGCUUGAACCUUUUCUUAUCGGGGCAGUUUGGUCUGGAUUCUUUUGCGUUCUCUACGGUUGCUUCAGGACGAUAAACGCAGUAGGAGCGUCUGGAGGAAUUUGCGGCAUCAUGGGCUAUUUGUCCUACUUCAUGUGGAACAACGAGCGCAAAGUCAUCGCGCCAAUGUUCCCCUUCAAUCUCGUCCUGGAGCUGCCUCAUCAACUGAUUGAAUCGACAGGGAGUCAGUACAACAUCCCGACGGCUUUUUCAAUGAAAGAAGCGACCCUGUUAAUGAUCGCUACGUCCCUGUUUUUCGGAUUCAGACAAAUUCAAACAGGAAGAGCGCGUGUUGGAGCAACUGUAAUAUGCGUGCUUCUUCCGCUUGUUCUCGCGCUUCUGUCCGGCAGACUUGUGGAAGAUUUUGACGUCAGACAUAUUGAAAUGGACGCUCGAUUUAUUGAAGGAGUUUUGGUUGUUCAUUCAAGCUCAUCUCCGAGCAUAGAGGUCUUUGAAUUUUCACGAAAUCACAAAACAAUCAGCGAUUCUUUCUCGUCUUCCAGCUUCACCGCCGCCAAUUUUUCUGACCGCUUGGAAGUGACUCUUUCUACAGAUUCAACAGACGUAACCGGAUUCGACGUGUUCAGCUACAUCCAGGCGCCGACAAUUUCCAAAACCAGCCAGUUGAUUUACUCUCAGUCUAAAAUCGCCACAACUGCCGACGAAGCAGAAAUUCACUACAACAUACGGUAG